CCUUAUAUCUAUCUAAAUACGAACAUUUAUAAUAAAAUAACUAGUGCAUAUUUAGAGUAGUGGCACAAUGUCGGUAACUUAUGGCAGCAUCCUCUGUUGCCUGUUGUCAUUGAGCGUCGUAUCGCACGCCUUCCUUUUAGAUCCAAAAGACUUUCCCGAUUGCUCACCAGACGAAGUUCGAGAACAUUGCAAUGACAGAGCUGUGAAAUGUACAACAAUCGGACACAACCACCCUAGAUACUUUUGUAUCGAAUGCCAACCUGGCUUUCAUGGACAUAAAUGUGAAGAAGGAUCACCCCUUACCACAACGUUAGCGCAAACAGUUGCAACACAAGCGGUCCAUACAACUGAAAAACAUCUGACAACAGUUGCAACACACGCGGUCCAGACAACAAAAGCACCUUUGACAACACAAACAUCAACAGUGCCUCCAACAACAACGUCAAGCGACCCUGUAAACCAUGACUGCAACAAGUUCUCAGUGGUCAGCGAUUUGUCACAUGGCCAGCCUGUUGCCAAUGGUCACGCUCCAAAUUGUUCGUCUGGAUCGUACGCUUCGACGGAAGCGUUUGUUUUAAACAAUUGCAACGUAAACACCCCUGACAUGUGGCAUCAAGGAAAGCAGGUACCCUUUAGAAAUACUUCCUUCUGUUUAUAG